AUGUCAGCUGUCAAUAUCACCCAAUUCACACAUGCAGUGUUACUUCUCACUGGGAUACCUGGGCAGGAAAACGUUUAUCUUUGGAUAUCUGUCCCCUUCUGCUUAAUGUAUAUUAUUUCGAUAGUAGGAAAUUCAGUCAUUCUGUUCAUUAUAAAAAUAGAUUCAAGCCUCCAUGAGCCCAUGUACAUUUUCCUUUCCAUGUUGGGCGUCACAGACCUUGGCAUAUCAAUAGCCACCAUACCGACAAUACUGGGCAUGUACUUAUUUAACUCUAAGGAGAUCAGCCUCAAUGCCUGUUUUGCCCAGCUGUUCUUCAUCCACUCGCUUCAAUGCAUUGAAUCCUCUGUGCUGUUGUUGAUGGCCUUUGACCGCUUCAUCGCGAUCUGUAACCCACUGAGAUAUGCUUCCAUCUUAACCCUGCCAAGAGCAGCCAAGAUGGGACUGGUGUGUGUGCUAAGAGGUAUGGCUGCAAUGUUUCCACUCCCCUUUCUCCUGAAACGGUUCCAAUACUGUCGAGCCAAUGUCCUCUCCCAUUCCUACUGCCUGCACCAGGAGGUCAUGAAGAUGGCUUGUUCUGAUAUAACAGUCAACAGCAUUUAUGGCUUGUUUAUUACACUCAUAACAGUGGGUUUGGACUCACUGCUCAUCCUCCUAUCUUAUGUGAUGAUCCUCAAAACAGCGCUAAGUGUUGCAUCCCACGCAGAGUGCCUCAGGGCCCUGAACACCUGCGUCUCUCACCUCUGUGCCGUCCUGAUCUUCUACACACCAGAGAUCGGCUUGUCUGUGAUACACAGAUUCGGGAAAAGCUCUUCUCACUUGCCUCCGAUUCUCCUGGGCUAUGUCUCUCUGCUUGUUCCGCCCCUGAUGAACCCAAUUGUAUAUAGCGUGAAAAGCAAACACCUUCGUGUUAGGAUAAUCCGGGUGUUUGCCAAGUGA